AUGGUAAUGGAUGGUGGUGUAGAUGAUGGUGACGUAGAUGAUGGUGGCGUAGAUGAUGGCAAUGUAGAUUAUGGUGACGUAGCUGAUGGUGGCGUAGAUGAUGGCAAUGUAAACGAUGGCGAUGUAGAUGAUGGUGGUGUAGAUAAUAGUGAUGUACAUGAUGGUGAUAUAAAUGUUGCUGUUGUAGAUGAUGAUAACGUAGAUAAUGGCGAUGUAAAUGAUGGUCAUGUAGAUGACGAUCAUGUAGAUUAUGGUGAUGUGGAUGGUGGCAAUGUAGAUGAUGGUGAUGUAUAUGAUGGUGAUGAAGAUGAUGCCGAUGUAGGUGAUGGUGAUGUAGAUGAUGGCGAUGUAGAUGAUAUAGAUGGUGGCGAUGUAGAUAAUGGCGAUGUAGAUGAUGGUGAUGCAGAUUAUGAUGAUGACCCUGUAGAUGAUGACGCUGUAGAUGAUGGUGGUGUAGAUAAUGGCGAUGUAGAUUAUGGUGAUGUAGAUGAUGGUGAUGUAGAUCAUGGCGAUAUAGAUGACAGUGAUCUAGAUGAUGGUGAUGUAGAUGUAGAUGAUGGUGAUGUAGAAGGAACAUAUUUGACGUAG